UUUGCCAUUUGCCAUUUGCCAUUUGCCAUUUGCCAUUUGCCACAUGUAGGGUAGCAUUGAAACCUGCAUAUAAGGCAUACAUGUAUAUGGCAUACUAGUAGCUACAUACAUACUAGGCAUACAAGACAUGCUACAAAUAUGUAGAGUCAGAGUCGGAGCCAGACAGCCUUGCCGUCAUUACACUACACACCCAGAUAACAAUAAUUAUAAUAAGCAGAUAUCUAAGGUAAUGAAUGGGGUAAUGUAUUCUUAGCCUUGUUUCUUUUCGACGACUACCUUGACGACUACCUAUUUAGGUACCCAUCCCAUCUUCAGAUUAUUAGAGUCUGUACUUCACACCUCGUCCCAUCCUGAAAGGAUACAUAAUCAAGGCACCGAGUCGUCAUGGAUGCCUCACUUCUAGCCCAAAGCCUUUCAAGUUCUCGGCGGCGCUCUGCGACAACACCACCUACCCAGACAUCACCACUUGAUCUUGCCAUCAGCCAGCUGUUAAAAGACCAGCCCAACCAAGACGACGUCGACUAUGUCUCCCAACAGCGAGAACAAUCAGAUUUUAACAGUCUUUGGCGUGUCCAGUUCGAGUGCAAUACCGGAGACACACUUGUCAUCGUGGAUUUCCCCAGCGGCUAUGUAAAUUGCAAGCGAGAUGAGUGGUCCUCAAAACGCUUUUGCGUCCAUUCGGAGAAACUCCUAGCCACUGGCUCCAAAGUCUUCGCAGCUCUAUUAUCGCCCGCAAAGCAAGCUCGAAUACGGAGGAGAUUCGAGCAUGCCGGUGAAUCGAUCCAACAGCAGUUUAUACUUGACCUCACGCCUUCGGUCGAGGGAGAUGAGUUGGCUGCUCAGCUCAUAGACCUUUCCCUAUCCCCCGGUACUAGGGAUUGGUGGACCUCUAAGGAGAGACUUGAUGUGGCUUCGUACCUCGUUUCUGGACACGACGACCAUUGCCCUAACCAUCCUAACGUACCCGUUAACUGCAAGAAGACCAACGAAUAUGUGCCAGAAUCCCAGACCUCUUCUCCUAAGGUUGACCUAGCUGAUAUGGUGAUAUCAAAGUCUAGGGCUAUCGACGACUAUUGUCCCAUCCGUCAUCGAGCUAAUAUAAUUCGUCUCAUCCUGGCAAUCGAAGGCCGUGACUUGGUCCUCAACUCGGCCCCGCGAGUCUACACGCUCACGGGAAUUGCCAACAUACUAGACUGCACAAACGUUAUUCGAGACUCGGUGUGUACCUGGCUGAUGGCAGAGCCUAACACGGCGUUUAUUGAUAUCAAUACUGAGCCUGCUCUGAAGAUUGCCUGGACAUUGAAGCUUGAAAAUGUCGCUCGUGCAGCUUUUAGAAUCCUUGUAGUUGAAGGAGCUCUUGAUGUCCUCGCUGCUCAACCUCGGAGGCGAGCAACACGACACACCAUCUUUGGUCGCCCUCGCGCAGAUUUACCCGACGAUUUACAGACAGUCAUUCAACACGCAGCGCAUAAACUUGCCGACCGGGUCCAACAAACGUAUGCGAAGUUUAUAUCCGACCAAUUCUAUGAACUAUUCGAUAUACCAGAGUACCAAAAGCUAAAAGCCCUCGGCGACCUUAUCCGACGCGAAACCUCUGCUGGUGAACCUGCUUGGCUGAGUCGAGUAGCGAAUCAGCUCGUCACCCUCUCCGACAAGCUGAUGGAAUACAAGGACUGGAUCUUGCGUAAGGCCCUGGAUUCCGGAUUCAGGGACCUACAGCGAGAAUGCUUUGACCGUAACCGCCGAUGCUACAUCUCGCGCAAGAAUUGGCUCCCGGCGACCUACGUCUACAGCAAGCUCUCCGAUACGCAGCGUCUGCUGACCCCCGGCUUCUGGGAGCACCUAAGUGACCGUUCUAACAUCACGGAAUCAGGGUUGCCCGACGCGCCGGCUGCGUUAAUCCGCGCCAUCGAAGAAUUCAACCGGAAUAUUGACGACGCCAUGGGUUACAUCUCUCACAGCCAAGGACCCCUCGAGCUCGCAACCCACCACUUCGACUUUUUCCAGUUCCGUGACGACCUCAAUACGGCCCUCAGCUUGCUCAGCCUGCGUUGGAUUCACACCGAGCCAGAGGUCCCGCUCACCCGGACGAGCCACAUCGUGCUGACCCUAUGCGACGAGGAGUUCAAGUACCUCCCUCUCUGGGCCGGCGGCCUCGAGGACGGGACUGGCGGGGUCUUCGAGUCGGCCGUCCCCGACGCGGAGAUGGGCCCCGUCGGCCCCGGACCCGCGUACCGCACCGGCACCACCGUAGUAGAGCCCUACACCGACACCACCCCUAGCAUCAGCCCUUCCAACGCAACACCAGCAACGCCCAGCCGCGGCACCGACACCACCUUCACCGCUGGCCGGUCCCUAAAAGCGGUAGGCACGACUUGCACACUGAGCACCAGACAUCAGAAUGACGACCAAGACCACGGCCGCCAUCGCCAUCACCCGCCUGCUCCCACGAGGACCACCACCAUCGCCGACGUAGUGCCCAUAGACUCCAGCGUCUCAGCGGCAUCGGUCACCACCCUCGACUCCGAGGACGAGGAACUAUUCGAGCACGUGCACGCGGGAACCUACAGCGAUGUCCUGGACGACGAGGAAACCUGGUCUGACGUCGGAAACCCUUAGCGCCGCCCUUUAGAUUAAAACCCGUCAUUUUGGGAGGCGGGGGGUAGACCAUCGAUUAACUACCUAAUCUGUCCCUUUAUUAUUAUCAUCAACUAUCUCAUUUCGUUGGAUGAGUCACCUAUCAUCGACUACCUACCAGGUCAAACGCGCGCGCUACAACACUAGAAGAUCUAUUUGUCUUAAUAAGUUGGGGAAGUAAGCUGGGGAAGGGGGGAGGGUUUUUUUUUUCUUUUUCUCUUGGAUGGAUGGAUGGAAGGAAUGGGAUGGGAUAGGGAGGGA